AUUAUUAUUAUUAUUAUUAUUAUUAUUAUUUUGUUUGGUAGAAGCUAACAGUCGGUCAAAACUGAGGUGCUCACAUUCACUCAAAACUCCAAACUAACCAACAAACUUUCAAUCCUCAUUUCGAAACCAAAACCAUCUCUUCUUCCUUCUUCCUUCUUCCACUCCCAUCACUUCACAAUGAAAAGAAGCGAUCAUAAUAAUAACUGUCGAUGUUGAUCAAAAUGGAAGGGUUGUUGCAGUUGGCGGUGCAAUCCGUGGAGUGGACUUACUCUCUCUACUGGCGCUUCUCCACUCAACACCGGGUGUUGGUUUGGGGAGAUGGGUUCUACAACGGACCCAUCAAGACCACCAAGACGUUGCACCCCGCAGCUGCCACCGACUUCACCGGCCACCAGCAGCAGCAGCAGCAGCAACAACUACAACUACAACUACAAGCAGCCUCUCUGUCUCUUCAAAGAACCCAUCAGCUCAGGGAUCUUUACAACUCCUUAUCCGCCGCCGACAGUAGCACUCACACCCACCCCCUCCGCCGCCCCUCUGCCGCCCUCUCUCCCGAGGACUUGACGGAGUCCGAGUGGUUCUAUUUGUUGUGUUUCUCUUUCUCUUUUCCUCCGGGACUCGGAUUGCCUGGGAAGGCAUUUGCGAAGAACAAACAUGUGUGGAUUACAGGUGCUAAUGAGAUUGAUAGCAAAAUUUUCUCCAGAGCUAUUCUUGCAAAGAGUGCUGGCAUAAAGACAGUGGUUUGCAUUCCUGUAAUGGAUGGUGUGGUUGAACUAGGCACCACAGAUAAGGUUAAUGAAGACAUUGCAUUGGUCCAACACAUGAAAUCAGUAUUCGCAGCAACCCAGUGGGCAGCACCAAAACCAGCACUCUCACAGCUCUCAACAUCAAACUCUGCCACUUCAUUGGAGCAUUAUACCAACCGGAAAGAAUUAGAAGAUGAGAUGGAUUCGGACAGCUCAACCAGCAACACCAAUAGCAAUAGCAAUAGCAAUGCUGCAGGGGGCGGCGAACCAAGCGAGUUAAUAAUGCAACUUGAGCUAUCUGAAGACAUCCGACUUGGCUCACGCUCGCCUGAUGAUACUUCCAACAAUUUUCUCCCUUUGCCCCACUCACCACCGCCACACUUCCACAUUCACCCACCACCUCUAGGGAACUCUCCAGCAGCAGUGGCAGUGCUUACAGAGGAGGACACCCACUACUCCAACACGCUCUCAGCCCUCCUCCUAAACCAGUCGAGCCGGUGGCCGGACUCAUCCUCCAUCACCACCGUCACUUGCUCCACCAUAUCAGCCUUCUCCAAGUGGACGCGCUGCUCAGAUCUUCGUCGUGUUUCCACGGGAACCACUAGCACAUCUCAACGCUUGCUCAAAAACAUUUUACAUACUGUACCCUUCCUUCACACCAAACAUCAUUGUGACCACAAUCCAUCUAAAUCUAAAUCUUGCGAUGGCCGAUGGCUGAACGACAAGUUCAUCAUCCUAAGAUCCAUUGUACCGUUCGCCACGACAAUGGACAAAGCCUCCAUUUUGGGGGAUACAGUGGAGUACCUGAAGCAUCUUCGUCAGAAAAUACAGGAUCUAGAAGCGCAAAACAGAGAAUUCGAGAGUAGUCGGAAGGUCAGUUUUGAAGAACUACAGAGGACGGAUGUACAAAGCAAAAGAAAGGUAAGGAUUUUGGAGGGCGUAGUGGAUGGAUGUACAAAGCAAAAGGUGGUGGAGUCCCCGAAAACCAAUUUGCAGGUUUCAAUCAUCGGAAGUGAGGGAUUGUUGGAGGUGCAUUGCCCAUAUAAGGAAGGACUAUUGCUUGAUAUUCUGCUUAUUCUCCAAGGCCUACGGAUUGAGACCACAGCAGUAAGGUCAUCCUCGAGCAAUGGAGUCUUCAUAGCUGAGCUACGGGCCAAGGUGAAGGAGGGUAUGGAUGGGAAGAAAGCAAGCAUUUUGGAGGUGAAGAGGGCAAUACAACAAAUCAUACCCUGCAUUGAUACUUGAGCAUAAGAAGAAAGCUUCUUUGGAUUUAGGUGGCAUUUGAGGAAUGAGGACUGAGAAUACACAAAAAUGAAAUGAUAUGCGGUAUUUAGAUUAUGAUCUACAAGGAGAAAUGCCCAGCUUUAAGUGAUUGUUCUUCUUCCUGUUGCGAACGAUUUUGCAUGUAAUUAAUUAGGCUGCAUAUAGAUCGAAAUGAAAUGAUUGAUUGAUUGUUGAUGUUAGGUUGAAGUAAAUGGAUGGGCAUUGAGAA